AUGCCAAAAACAGAACAAGCGAAAGAUAUUAUGUUAAAUAAAUGUAAAGAUUAUCAUAGAGGAAAUAAAAAACAAAUGGAACAGAUUGAACAUUUUCGUAAUACGUAUACAUCAAAUCAAGCUAUUUAUUGGUAUACUCGAGAUAGUUUUAUAUAUCGUUUAGUAAAUCGAGCAUUUCGUACAGAAAAUAUAACAUUAUGGUAUUUAUUUCGUUACUAUGUUAUUGAUCUAUGUACACAAUUGGAAAAUGUUUAUAACGAACAAAAUAUAAAAACUUGUUUGACACUUUAUCAUGGUCAAGCUCACAUGCGAACAUAUGAAUUAGAAAACUUAAAAUCUAAUAUUGGUUGUUUAGUUUCAAAUAAUGGAUUUUUCUCGUCAUCAACUGAUAUUAAUAUUGCAAAAAAGUUUAUCCAAGAUGCUGUAGAUACUGAUGAUUUUAAGGUUAUUAUGUUUGAAAUAACUGUCGAUGGAUCUAGUCUUGAAAAUACUAUUUUUGUUGAUAUUGAUAAAUAUACAAAAAUUAUUGAUGAAAGAGAGAUAUUAUUUAAUAUUAGUUCAAUUUUCAAAAUUGAACAUGUUAGUCAUGAUUCUGAUCUUAGUGCUUGGAUAGUUAAAAUGACGGCAACUGAUGAAGGUACAGAUGAAAUUAAAAAAAGAAUUGAAGCAAAGAAAAGAGAUUUUCAUAAAGAUAAUAUUAAUCUUAUGUUUGAUCGUCCACUACUUGACAUGAAUGAAUAUACUAAAGCUGAAUCAUAUUUUCAAAUGUUAUUACAAGUCUUGCCAACAUCACAUAAAAAUAUAGCUUUAAUAUAUGAUCAUAUUGCAAUUGGAAAUUAUUCUCAAGCACUUGAAUACUAUACAAAGACUUUACAAUGCAAAAAUGAUCGAUUUAACAUGGCUCGAACAAAAUUAAAUAUUGAUGCAAUUUGUGCGAUAAACAAUGAUUGUGACAAAGCACGGAACAUUCUUCAACAAAUACAUUCAUGUUCAUAUGAUGGAAUUAUUCAUUAUCAAGGUAUUAUCGGCGAUAUUUAUUCAGUUCAAAACGAUAAUAAAAUCGCUGACGAAUAUUAUAUUACAGCAUUUGAAAUGAGUAAAAAAUAUCUGUUAACUGGAAAUCGACUUCGAGUCCAUUGA